CUGUUGUCUGGUAACGCUCUCAGUCCGAUCUGGGGCCAUGCUUGCUGUGUGUGUUGUGCCAUUGAGGGGAAGCCAUGUCCGUCCCGGGAUGGCCGGAGGAUGAGCGCAGCCUGCUCGAUGUGUUGGCCGUGCUGAUGAUCCUGAUGGGGCUGCUCUCGUUCUGUUUCCUGCGCUUUAUCAACAUGCCUUACGGCCGGUACUCCAGCUCCUCCUUCGGCCGCCCGGUCCCUGCUCGCUGGGCAUGGUUCCUCCAGGAGCUCCCCGCCUUCGCUCUCCCAGUUUAUUUCCUAGCGCAGCACCCGGAGCUCGGCGCCGGCAACCUGCUCCUCCUGGGGGCAUUCACCCUACACUACCUGCAACGGUGCGACAGCGGGGCUCACACAGCAAAGCCAUACGGAAUCUGUGGGCGCUAUAUAAAUGGCGAUAGUAAUAAUAAUAAUAAUACCGGGGACAGGGCCACCCUCUAAUGAUAAUAAUAAUACCGGGGACAGGGCCACCAUCUAAUAAUAAUAAUACCGGGGACAGGGCCACCCUCUAAUAAUAAUAAUAAUACCGGGGACAGGGCCACCCUCUAAUAAUAAUAAUAAUACCGGGGACAGGGCCACCCUCUAAUAAUAAUAAUAAUAAUACCGGGGACAGAGCCACCCUCUAAUAAUAAUAAUAAUAAUACUGGGGACAGAGCCACCCUCUAAUAAUAAUAAUAAUACCGGGGACAGAGCCACCCUCUAAUAAUACCGGGGACAGAGCCACCCUCUAAUAAUAAUAAUACCGGGGACAGAGCCACCCUCUAAUAAUAAUAAUAAUACUGGGGACAGAGCCACCCUCUAAUAAUAAUAAUAAUACCGGGGACAGAGCCACCCUCUAAUAAUAAUAAUACCGGGGACAGAGCCACCCUCUAAUAAUAAUAAUACCGGGGACAGAACCACCCUCUAAUACCAGGGACAGAGCCACCCUAUAAUAAUACCGGGGACAGGGCCACCCCAUAAUAAUAAUAAUACCGGGGACCGCUAUACCGGGGACAGGGCCACCCUCUAAUAAUAAUAAUACUGGGGACAGGGCCACCCUCUAAUAAUAAUAAUACCGGGGACAGAGCCACCCUCUAAUAAUAAUAAUACCGGGGACAGAGCCACCCUCUAAUAAUAAUAAUAAUACCGGGGACAGAGCCACCCUCUAAUAAUAAUAAUAAUACCGGGGACAGAGCCACCCUAUAAUAAUAAUACCGGGGACAGAGCCACCCUAUAAUAAUAAUAUUAAUACCGGGGACAGAGCCACCCUAUAAUAAUAAUAUUAAUACCGGGGACAGAGCCACCCUCUAAUAAUAAUAUUAAUACCGGGGACAGAGCCACCCUCUAAUAAUAAUACCGGGGACAGAGCCACCCUCUAAUAAUAAUACCGGGGACAGAGCCACCCUCUAAUAAUAAUAAUAAUACCGGGGACAGAGCCACCCUCUAAUAAUAAUAAUACCGGGGACAGAGCCACCCUCUAAUAAUAAUAAUACCGGGGACAGGACCACCCUCUAAUAAUAAUAAUACCGGGGGGAGGGCCACCCUAUAAUAAUAAUAAUACCGGGGACAGGACCACCCUCUAAUAAUAAUAAUACCGGGGACAGAGCCACCCUCUAAUAAUAAUAAUAAUUCGGGGAGUUGAGACCACCCUCUAAUAAUAUAAUAAUACGAGGAGUUAAACCACCUAUAAUAAUAAUAAUAUACGGAGGGGACAGGGCCACCCUCUAAUGAUAAUACGGGGACAGAGCCACCCUCUAAUAGCCAUGCGAGGGGACAGAGCCACCCUCUAAUAGCCAAUACCGAGGACAGAGCCACCCUCUAACUAUGUGCGGGGACAGAGCCACGCCUCUAAUAAUAAUACCGGGGACAGGGCCACCCUCUAAUAAUAAUACCGGGGACAGAGCCACCCUAUAAUAAUAAUAAUAAUAAUACUGGGGACAGAGCCACCCUCUAAUAAUAAUAAUAAUACCAGGGACAGGGCCACCCUCUAAUAAUAAUACCGGGGACAGAGCCACCCUAUAAUAAUAAUAAUAAUAAUAAUACCGGGGACAGGGCCACCCUCUAAUAAUAAUACCGGGGACAGAGCCACCCUAUAAUAAUAAUAAUACCGGGGACAGAGCCACCCUCUAAUAAUAAUAAUACCGGGGACAGGGCCACCCUAUAAUAAUAAUAAUACCAAGGACAGGGCCACCCUCUAAUAAUAAUAAUACCGGGGACAGAGCCACCCUCUAAUAAUAAUAAUACCGGGGACAGGGCCACCCUAUAAUAAUAAUACCGGGGACAGGGCCACCCUCUAAUAAUAAUACCGGGGACAGAGCCACCCUAUAAUAAUAAUAAUAAUACCGGGGACAGAGCCACCCUCUAAUAAUAAUAAUACCGGGGACAGAGCCACCCUCUAAUAAUAAUAAUACCGGGGACAGAGCCACCCUCUAAUAAUAAUAAUAAUACCGGGGACAGAGCCACCCUCUAAUAAUAAUAAUAAUACCGGGGACAGAGCCACCCUAUAAUAAUAAUACCGGGGACAGAGCCACCCUAUAAUAAUAAUAUUAAUACCGGGGACAGAGCCACCCUAUAAUAAUAAUAUUAAUACCGGGGACAGAGCCACCCUCUAAUAAUAAUAUUAAUACCGGGGACAGAGCCACCCUCUAAUAAUAAUACCGGGGACAGAGCCACCCUCUAAUAAUAAUACCGGGGACAGAGCCACCCUCUAAUAAUAAUAUUAAUACCGGGGACAGAGCCACCCUCUAAUAAUAAUAAUACCGGGGACAGCGCCACCCUCUAGCCGUAUACGGGGACAGGGCCACCUAUAAUAUAAUACAGGGGACAGGGCCACCCCUCUAAUAAUAAUAAUACCGGGGACAGAGCCACCCUAUAAUAAUAAUACCGGGGACAGAGCCACCCUCUAAUAAUAAUACCGGGGACAGAGCCACCCUCUAAUAAUAAUAAUACCGGGGACAGAGCCACCCUCUAAUAAUAAUAAUACCGGGGACAGGACCACCCUCUAAUAAUAAUAAUACCGGGGACAGAGCCACCCUAUAAUAAUAAUAAUACCGGGGACAGGACCACCCUCUAAUAAUAAUAAUACCGGGGACAGAGCCACCCUCUAAUAAUAAUAAUACCGGGGACAGGGCCACCCUCUAAUAAUAAUAAUACCGGGGACAGGGCCACCCUCUAAUAAUAAUACCGGGGACAGAGCCACCCUCUAAUAAUAAUAAUAAUACCAGGGACAGGGCCACCCUCUAAUAAUAAUAAUACCGGGGACAGGGCCACCCUCUAAUAAUAAUAAUACCGGGGACAGGGCCACCCUCUAAUAAUAAUAAUACUGGGGACAGAGCCACCCUCUAAUAAUAAUAAUACCGGGGACAGAGCCACCCUCUAAUAAUAAUAAUACCGGGGACAGAGCCACCCUCUAAUAAUAAUAAUACCGGGGACAGAGCCACCCUCUAAUAAUAAUAAUACUGGGGACAGGGACACCCUCUAAUAAUAAUACCGGGGACAGGGCCACCCUGUGACAGCAUGAAAUGAAUAGUGUAACUUUAAAUCCCGGUCACACAGUGCUGGGAUAGAAUCAAAGUGCACCGGGCUAAAUAAAUAUCAGAGGGCAAAACACGGCUAUAGUUCUCGUGUGCAAAGUGCACUUUUUAUUUGUUAACAGUGUAAGGUGAAAUAUUUAUUGACCUUUAUGUGUAAAAUAUUGUGUUAUACACAGAUUACACUAACUUGUUGCUUGUUUUACCAUUUUAUAUGCGUUACCAAUUUGCACGUAUUCUUAAAAAGCUAUAUAUGUAUUUAUUUGCUGUGUUUUGCUCUUUGAUAAUCAUUUUGCACUGUGCAGUUUGGUUCAAUAUAUAUAUAUAUAUAUCUAUAUCCCAGCACUUUGUGAGCAAGGUUUGGAUUUAAUUAAAGCGUUCCUCUAUAUUUUACAUUUUUGCUUUUAUUUGUAUGUUAUGAAAUGCACUUAAUAGUGCUCAGCAGCUUAUAAGAAUUAUUUUGGACUGUUUCACUUUAAUCCCUUAAGGACACAUGACCUGUGUGACAUGUCAUGAUUCCCUUUUAUUCCAGAACUUUGAUCCUUAAGGGGUUAAAAAAAAAAAUAAUUUAAGCGCCAUUGUAUACUUCUUUUUUUUUUUUUUCCUCUUUGCCUGUCGCAUAUCGCACUUUAUGCACUCUGUACCUGUGGAAUGCCUCACUGUCUCUGUACACGCUCUGCCUGUUGCAUACCCUAUUGUCUUUGCACUCGCUGCAUUUAAGUUCACCAACUCGCCUCUGCUCUAUUUUUUUUUUUUUUUUUUCUAGGUACAGUAUUCUUUGCGUGAUAUACUAAUGCUUUGUUUUAAGUGUAUUGCAUAUUUUAAAAGCACAUUUGUUUUCACAGCACCCUUAUUUUCCCAUUUCUGAUCCGUGGAGGAAAGCCUACCCCAGUUGUAUCUUUUAUGCUUGCCUUUAUCUUCUGCUGCUACAAUGGGUACAUGCAAAGUAGCUACAUAUGCAGACAUUCUCUUUUGAAAGGAGAAUGGUUUAGAGAACCCCACUUCAUAACAGGUGAGAAACUAUGUUGGUUUCAUGAUAUAGAAUAUUAUAUUAUGUUGAUAUAUGUCUGUUCAGUAAGGAAAUGAAUUAGGUCUCUGUCUCCUAAUGUGUUUUGUGAGUGUGCACAUUGAAAAUCACUGAAAUCGGCACUGUCUGGUUUUUUUUUGUUUGUUGGUUUUUUUUUUGUUUUUUUUUAAACCCCCCACCCCCCCUUCCGACUCCAAUACAUAUUAUUGUACUCCUAGUCACCCCCCAAAUUCCCCUAGGUUCUCCAAUUUACCUUUUUAAAUAACUUUAAUUUAUGCCCGGACCUAGGUCCUGGGCACCGCCAUCUUUGUGUGGGCAGAUGAAGUCCCCGUGGGACACAUCAACUGCCCACACUAGAUAGCAUUAUUAAAUUCCCAUGCAUGCUCAGUUAAACACUUGAGCAUUCGCUAUUUUCCGAAAUUAGGAUGGAAACUUUGUCCAUUCGUUCAUCAGAGAGACAAAUUAAUAGAAAUUUCAAACAAACACAGAAUGUCUGUGUUUUUGUUUUGUUUAGUUUAUUACAAGGAGGGAGCUACUGGCGCCCAGCUCCCUGCUUGUAAAAUGUAAAAACAUAAGAGCUGUGCUCCCUGCCACUUCCUAAGCCCUCCAGAUUUAAAAUCUCCUGAAUGCCCCUACUCUCUAUACCCACAAGUAGGGACAUCUGUACUAAAAAGUGAGCAGCCUGUGACUGCUCACUGUUCUAAAAAAUAAGCUCCGAAUCAAUUACUGGGGGAACUAGUACAGAUCCCCCCCAUGGUGGGGCAUCUAGAAAAAUAAUAAGCGGUUGGGUGGGGGCCCUCAGUGACAAAAGGGGGGUGGGUGCCUAUUGUCCCUCACCCGUUGGAAACUGCUAUGUUUACAUUGUAGGGUUAAUCCAGCCUCUAGUGGCUGCCUUCCUGACAGCUGCUAGAGGCGCUUCCCCGUAAUCAAUGCGAAAAUCGCGUUGAGCACGCAGAACUUUCAUAGGAAAGCAUUGAGAAAUGCUUUCCUUUGGGCGUUUUUAAUGUGCUCGCGGCUAUGGCUGUGCAUUUGGCUCCACUCGGGAGCUGCCAUUGGAGGGGCAGGAGAGGUCACCGGAGCUGGAUUAAAGUAAGUAACUAAAGGGGUUUUAAAACCUUCAGCCCAGCGGUACGGGUGGCCCUAAGGGUGGGGGGGACCUAAAGAUUAUAUAGUGCCAGGAAAACGAGUUUGUUGUAUACUUUUUUUAUUUUAUUUUUUUAAUUUUGCAUGAAUCCUAUUCAUUGUUUUUGUUUUUUUAUUUUACACACAACACAAUAUUUUUUUUCUCCUAUUUGGACAUUUAUACAGGUAUUUUAAUAUUUUUUUGUGGAAUGUUUAUCAACAUUUAUUCUGACCAUAUACUAAGAAACCUCAGGAAGCCAGGGGAGACCGGUUACAAAAUACCUCGGGGUAAGUAAACAUAUGUAAUUCUAUGUUUUUUUUAAUAUUUGUAUCUAUCUAAUUCAUGAUGUUCACACCAAUAAUUUCAAUUGAAUUUGCUUAAUAUUUAC